AUGGAUGACAUACCGUCUAUCUCAUCUGGCGCAGUUGGCUCUCGGUUUGUCUCCCAGAACGAGUUGGAGACGGCGCGUGCAAAACGCGACGAGCAGUGGAAGGUGCCUAUCCUUCUAGUGGCCUUUGAGCCUCCACCUGCACCCAACGAAGAUGUAUACGACGGGCGUAGUCUUGCCGAGGCAAGCAUAUUUUAUGCAGCGAAACAGGAACAGUGGGAAGAACGCAACCGCCUUGCCAACCAGUUCCGUGCAUUGGAGGAGGACGAGGUGGUCUUCCUCGACUCUGUGCAGCAGAAGCAACUGGAAGAGGAGCGGAAGCGGAAAGCGGAAGAAUCGGAGGAGCUCAAGAACUUCCGAGAAGCUGUAGCCGCGAAGGAUGCCACUGUUGGAACAAUUCCCGCCCCUUCUUCCACUUCUCCUCCGGUGCCGGUCACCAAAGUGACGGCCAAAACAGCCCCGAAAGCCAAAGCGAUAGUCGCGGGCCCAAAGAAAAAUGCCCUGAAGGGCGUCAUCAAGAAAAAAGUGCCGGCGAAGCGGCCUUCGACAUCCGUUCCCGAUUCUUCUGACCAUGCACCUGAGUCUUCACUUGAUGACGACACAGAUGCUCGUAAAGAUAGCAAGAGGCGCAAGCUCUCCGGCACUGAAGCGUAA